AUGACUGAAGUGAGAACAGUCACCGAAAUGGCAAAGUCAGGAACAGUGGCCAUCUUCUCACCAGGCCAACACGGCCACUUGAUCCCCUAUCUCGCUGCCAUUCACGCCUCGUGUAUCACUCACGAUCGCACCAUCGCGGAAUUCCUCCCGCCCCUGUCUCAUGAAAAGCUUCUUGCCUGGUGGAAAGAGCGCAUCGCCGAAGUUGCGGACGGGAAACGGCUCAUCUUUAUACUUCUCAACCAGACAGAACCUGGAGUUCGCCCAAAAGGGCCCGACGUUGUAGGCGUUGUCAUGCUUUACAUGCCUUCUUCGGAAACCGGCCCGUUCCGUGGCGUCGUCGAGAAGCUGUUUGUCCAUACCGCUUGUCGUAGACGGGGAGGAGCUAAGACUCUCAUGUCUACUCUCGAAAGCGAAGCUACAAAGAGGGGACGAACUAUUCUCCUUCUCGAAACUGAGACCGGGAGCCCUGGAUCAGAAGUUUGUAAGAAGCUCGGCUAUGUUGAGCUCGGCCAGAUCCCAAAAUAUGGUCUAAGUCCAACCGGCGAACUUAAAGAUGGAACCUUCUUCUGGAAACACCUGGCACUAUAG